AUGUCAGGAUCAUCAAGUGGCCAUAAUAGACAACCAAGUGUUCGGCGUAAUCGUAAAGUUAUCGUUAGCUCAGUUUCAAGUUCAGGGUCAAGUUCAUUACCCAUCAGCCGAGGAUUAGGAAGAAGUUCUGGUUCUCAUGGGAGCAAUAGUAAAGGGAGAGUUAUUAUAACACCCUCAUCAUCACCCCCACCGAAUCCAACAGCAACAACAAUAACCACAACCACAUCAACAGUGAAAACGAUUAACUCAACUGGAUUAACCUCCAGAUCAACAAUUACUUUACCUGUAAGACCAACAACAGAGCCAACAACACCGACAACCAUACCAACCAUUAUCAUUGAAGAUAGUGAUUCAUCAACACGAUUAACUAACGAUCCAAUAAUAACUAUUCUGGAUAAUUAUUCAUUCCCUGAAGCCGGAAAAGAUGUCAAAAUUAUUGACCACAGAUUCUUGUACAAGAAUGAUGUCAAUUUAUCUUCCACCAUGAUGUCUAACACCAUGGUGCUCAUCUCUCAUCAUCAAAUGAAUCAGCUUCAUGUGUUUACCUCAAUUGAUCUUAUUUUCUGCUCUAUUCUUUUAUAAAUUUUUCUUAUAAUUCAUAGUCUCUAAAUGUAUUAUAAUAUUUUCACCAUGAUUAUUGAUUUGGCACCAGAAUAUUUCAUACUCGGAAUCAUUAGGAUGAUGAUGAUGAUGAGGUUAAGGUAAAGAGGGAGUAAAAAGUGGGGCAGUAACUUUACAUAGUUGGAAUCGAUCAGCAAAAAUAAUAAUAUUACAAGUUCAAUGCUGAAAAUAAUAACAAUUCCUGUUAUUAUUAAUAUAUUAUCAUUAUUAUUAUUGUUAUGAAUAUACUGAAUCUCAAUGUUAUAAAUAAAUUAUCACAUCAUGAGGUUUUCCUAUCAA